AUGCAGUACGACUGCUUCCUUACCCAUGACUGGGGCGAAGACGAGGAAGGACGUUCCAACCAUGCCCGCGUAGGGAAACUCUGUGCCGCCCUCAAGGCCGAGGGCAUUCGGCCAUGGUUUGACGAGGAGUGCAUGCGCGGAGACAUAAACGACAAGAUGGUGGAUGGAAUCGAACGCUCAGGGGCGGUGGUGUGCUUCAUCACGGACCGCUAUCUCGAGAAGGCGUGGGGGAAGGGGGCCAAUGGGCACAACGACAACUGCAAGUUUGAGUUUGACUAUAGCCUGCGCCGCAAGGGCGUCGAGGCAAUGAUCCCGGUCGUUAUGGAGAAACGCUGCCGCAACCCGAGCGACUGGGCCGGCACCGUCGGAGGCAAGCUCGGCGGCAAGCUCUACAUUGAUUUGAGCUCCGAUGACUCGAGCGCCUUUGACAGCGGCGUGAAGCAGCUUGCUGCUGAGAUCCGUGUCGUCCUGGAGAGUGGUCGCAUUCGGAGCGGCGUUGCAGGUGGCAACAAGCCGGGCCAUCCAAUGGCACCCGCUACCGCUCCUAAGGCAGGCACGAUGGAGCGGGAGCCAGAUGCGCCAGCCGUUGACACAAUACCGGCUGGCGAACUGGCAGGUUGCUGGUGCAUGACAUGGUGGUGCUUUUUGCUGACUGUGACUCACCCGACCGAUUCCACAGACGAGGUAGAAUUCUGGACCACCCCCUUUUGGCCACCGAUCGCCAUCGGCUUUCGCCAAGUCCCAGCCACGAACAGGUGGGAGGGCGUUGGCGGCUGCGCCGGCUGCGCAAGAAUUUUCUCCUGCGGUAAGCCUGCCCUCCUUGUUUUCGACUCGAGCUCGUCCGGCCACGACGAAAGCGGCUGUCCCAUCACGAAGCUCUGCUGA